AUGGAAGCAACCUGGGGCGGGUAUAAGGAGCUGGUGUGGCUUCUCCUGGAUUACGGAGCGUCGACAGAUGUCCAAGACGAUAGAGGACGUUCGGCGCUUCGUUUUGCAAUGCAGAAGGGCUAUGAUUCCAUCGCCUGGCUCCUGUUGGAAAAGUCAGCUGCGUUGAACAUGGCAGAUACGAAAGGACGCACAGCACUGCACUGGACAGCUCAGAACAGCAAUACAUCCAUGGCUUGGCUGUUACUGGAAAAGGGAGCAGAGAUUGAUGCUCAGGAUAUCGAAGGGCAUACCGCGCUACAUUUUGCAGUGCAGAGGGGGAAUACGGAAAUGAUCAAACUACUUCUUGGAAAGCACGCAAAUGUCACCCUGAAGGAUGCCCAGGGCUAUGCCGCAUUGCACCACGCCGUAGAGAGGAAGGAUGCGUCUAUAAUGAAUCUGAUCGUGGACACCCUUGAGAGGUCGCGGCUCGACGUCAACGCAAAGGACAACGAGGGAAAGACGGCGUUGGUUCGGGCUGUCCAGGGUCAGUGGAUGCUAGGGGUGUACAUUCUGACUGAUCGCAAAGCGGCUAUCGAUUUGCCCGACUGUAAUGGUCAGACCGCAGCGUCCCAUGCGAAGCUCAACGGCGACACUCAGAUUCUUCAGCUGCUGGAGCAGCGAUGA